GUCACCUUCCAGCUAGACGGGCAGUUGGAGGCUUCGGGCAGAGAGACGUUGUUGACGUUUUGUUUUGAUCGCUUUUGUGUGGAUUUUUGGACAUCACGCCGACAUUAUCGGCACAUUUAGAAGCCCGCCUUUCGACUCUACCAUCACGCCUCAGUGCGGGGAUCCAGCAAAGAUGAAAUGGAUGUUUAAAGAGGACCAUUCCCUCGAGCACCGAUGUGUGGAGUCAGCCAAAAUACGCAACAAAUAUCCUGACAGAGUACCGGUGAUUGUGGAGAAGGUUUCUGGCUCUCAGAUAGUGGACAUUGAUAAGAGGAAGUACCUGGUGCCCUCUGACAUCACAGUGGCCCAGUUUAUGUGGAUCAUCAGGAAACGUAUCCAGCUGCCUUCAGAGAAAGCCAUCUUCCUCUUCGUUGACAAAACUGUUCCCCAAUCCAGUCUGACUAUGGGCCAGCUGUACGACAAGGAGAAGGACGAGGAUGGCUUUCUCUACGUGGCCUACAGCGGAGAGAACACCUUUGGUUACAAGGCCUUUUAUACAGCACGGGGUUAAUGCUUCACUUAAUACUAGUGACACACACACACACACACACACACACACACACACACACACACAGAGUAGGGCCUGACAUUUCCUGGUGUAUAAUGUUACACAAGUAAUGCACCUACACACUUGGCACAGACGUUUAUGGUCAGUUUUUGAUAAUAAAAAUUAGACAUCUAGGGUGGAAAAUGAACCACACCACACUCAAACAGUAAAGAACCUCUAAUUUCUUUUUGACAGUCUCAGAUGACCAUUAGUGUCAAGAAACACGUCACUUAAUGGUUGGUCUUUUUACUGUUUCAAGGUCAGUUGUGGAGAGAAAUAUCUUUAACACUGCCGUAAAACAAACAUACAAACAUCACCAUACAUUAUAGGCCCAUCAGAUUUAAUUCAUUUUCCAGAGUUAGAUUUAAAAAAAAAAAAGAAGCUAAUUCAGGCUCUGAUACACACACACAACAAUCAUCACACAUGACCAAUCAUGCUACAUUUUCUGUCAGUCCAGAUUUGUUGUCACUGAUAUUUGUGUUUUAAUGAAGUGAGAGAGAACCCCUAUAAUCAUGUGAAUAGAAUCAUUAACCACAUUAUGGAUGUAUUUGUAUGACUCAUAUCAUGCAUAAAAAAAACUUGAGUAUUUAACUUUAAUUUCCUCUCAUGGCCACGAGAGGCUAUGAGAGCAGAUAUAAGCAUAUGAAAGAAGGCAGGUCAUGCUACCUAGAUGAUGCAUGGUGGUGCUCAGGGACCUGCACCAGUUCAUGGGAUGUUACUGAGUGCUUGCCAGAAUGGACAUUAUGUAUUUGCACAUUACGCUGGCUGAACAAAUGUCAGCCAUGACCCUCUUUGAACUGAUAAACAUAUCCAACAAUUUACUGGAGGUUUAUUGAGUAAAAUGUUUUGAUAUUUAACGUUGUCGUCACAGGGCAACAGACAGAAAUUACAGCAAACUCACCCAGUUUCUUCUUUUUUACCGGUACAUGAUCAAUCUGAGACACUGUGUCUAAGAGGUACUCAGUGAUAUAGUGUUGCACUACCCAUUCUUCCUUAACCUGCUCUGUCUACCCUCUAGAUCAGUUAGUGGUUUCACUUCCCAGAAUGCCAUCAGCGAAACAUUUAUUGACAUUUCAAACAAACAAAAAAAAUAAUGUUAAUAAAGACUAUAUUUCUCUUUCAUUUUUGGUUACUAAAAGGAAUGGAGUCAUUGUUUGUGUUAUUCAUUUAAUCUGCGCUUUCCUGCUAUGACAGGUCAAAGUAUGUGCUGGGAAAAAAGUUAAUAAAAGCUACUGAGGCAGAUCUUCUGUCCUGGCUGACAGUGUUUUAGACAUGAAAAUUCUAACGUCAGGCUCAAUUGUAUUGGAACAUAAUAUGAUGUUAAUGUCAUUGUUUAAAUCGAUCUAAAAUAGAUAAACUAAGUGCAUAAUAUAAUGGGCUCGGAUUAAAAGAUUGUGGGACCUAGUAACCAUGUUCUACAGUACAGAUUAAAGGGAACAAUGAACCGAAAAUGUUACAAAGAUUUUUGUGUUAGCAAUUGAUUACAUGACAAUGAGUGCAUUCAUGAAUGCAAUCUGAUGCUCUACAACGCAAUAAGAGCGUGACUAUUUAGAAUAGUAGAGCAUGUGUUUCUUUUUGAAUUAAAAAACAGGUGUCAGACAACGGAUGAAAGUAAAACUUUCCUUUUUACACGCACUACAAUUCAAAAUGCAGCGCUUCAUGUGCAGGUUUUAGAAAUGCAGGCUACUAGCUGGCAAACAGCUCCUUCUGCUCUACUCAUGCGAAUUGUUUCCUUUAAUUCGCCUUCACCGUCAGUCCACAGCUGCUACGUUUAUCUAGCACUGCCGUUUUACCUCCUCAUGUAACACUGACUGCUCUUGGUGCUGUUUUUCAAUUCAUUAUUUUGGCUUGCUGGUCCACAAUCCCGAAUCGUAUCAACCCAGAAGUGGCAGGCAGCCAUUUUCAGCGAAAAAGCUCUGCUAAACCAACUUUACUCUAGUCGCUUAGCAACAAUCAACAAGUAAAAGUUAGCCGAUAGCUGGUGAAAUUAGCAGCUAAUGAGGGACACUUUUUCUGAGUAGCGGGUGGAGACCAAAACAGAACCCUGAUAAGCAAAAAUCCUUUGAGCACUCCGGAAAAUGUAGGAAAUCACAUCCUGCGACAAUAACAGGAAGCAGGUCACACAUCACUAAUUAUGUUCUUGGAGACACGAAGUGUUUGACCUUGUCCCUGACCAUUAAAUCUUGUUCAUGUUUUAGUAAUGUACGUACAAAAGGCUCUCGGUGGAAAUGCUGGUUAAUAAAAUCACUGAAAGUUUAUCUUUAGUGUGCACAGUGCUUUCACAUGUUAAUAAUUAAGCAACCUUGGGUACUUUGAAAGGCAUUAUAAAAAUACAAGUCAUUGUUACUACUAGUCCUUACACUACAUUCACAUAUUUAACAUGUGUAUAAUGAUACCUUGUUUUUAUAUGGGCCAAGGUCAGGAUAUACCAAAAUGUAAUUCAUCUCUCAGAUUUUGGUUUGAAACUGAGAACCACUUGUCAUCUUUCUUUCUCUUCACUCAGACAGCUCUGAAGCUGACAUUCUGGUUUCGGCUGUAGUCUUUGGUGCUGAUUCAGAGUAAGACAUAUCCACGCUUUACUUACUUGACCUAUUGAAGCAUUCAUACUUGUGCACCACAAAGCCCAUUCAGGCUUUCCAACAUGUUAUGCAGAUGUGUAAUAUAUUGAUGGAAUGCUAAGAUAUUCAGCAUUGUUUUAUGUCAUCAGUGUUGUAUGAUUGUCAAAUAUAUCUCUUAGACAUAAAGGAAUUUUAGAUAAUUGAACGGUGAGGUACCUUGAAGACCUGACCAAUAAAAAUGAAUGUCAAAUGAAUU